AUGAUUAAAGAUGAAGUGAAUCCUGGAAAUCAGAUGUGGGCUAGGGAGUUCUUUGCAAAUGCUUAUUUACCGGAUCAACCUAUGUUUCCGGAAUAUGUUUCUGUGGUUAGGGGUGUUAAGGUGAGCUAUUCUUUUGAAACUAUAAACAAUCUGCUUGGUUGUGCUGCUGGAGGCGUGUGUGAACUCUUGCGUGAUAGGGAAAGGAUCGACAAGAGUGGUAUUGAAGUUAGGGAGGAACUAAAGAGGAUAGUAUGUCGUCCGGGAGCAAUGUGGCUAGCCCACUCAGCAGCUUCUCUUCCUAGAAGGUUGAGCUUAACAAGUUUUAAUCCGGUUCACCGUGCUUGGGAUUUGGAACCAGAUGCUAUAAGGGUUCUUCAAGAGAGACAGAAACCUUGUGUUUAUCCUGUUGGACCUAUCAUUAGGAAUGAGUCAAACAGUGAAGCAAACAUGUCAGUUUCUUUAAGGUGGUUGGAGAAACAGCCACCAAAUUCUGUUGUUUUUGUCUCUUUUGGAAGUGGUGGAACACUCUCUCAUGAGCAGUUGAAUGAGUUGGCUUUUGGUUUAGAAAUGAUUGGACACAAGUUCUUGUGGGUUGUUACAUCAUGGGCACCACAAGUUGAGAUUCUUGGUCAUGGUUCUACUGGUGGAUUUUUGAGUCAUUGUGGUUGGAGUUCAACUUUGGAGAGUGUGGUUAACGGAGUGCCGGUGAUUGCAUGGCCAUUGUUUGCUGAGCAGAAGAUGAAUGCAAAAUUAUUAACUGAUGUGCUCAAAGUGGCUGUUAGGCCAAAAAUUGACGAUGAAAAUGGGAUAGUGAAACGAGAGGAAGUUGCUAAAGCUAUAAAGAGAAUCAUGGAAGGUGAUGAAAGCUUUGUAAUACGAAAGAGAAUCGAAGAAUUGAGAGAUGGUGCUGCUAAUGCACUAAGUGAGAAUGGUUCCUCUAGGAAAGCACUCUCUGAUCUAGCAUUGAAAUGGCAUUAGUAUAGUUUCUUUUAUUAGUUAAAUAUAUCAUUUCAAGUAUUGAACUAGGUAAUAAUUUCUUAUUUUUGUAAUGAAUUUGAUAUCAAUAUAUUCA